AUGGCGGUACGGGUGCUUCGACUGGUUCCUAAAAGUUUAGCGUUUCGUUCCAUUUAUUUAGGCUUAAGUAAGGCUUCUUUCUGCUCUGCACAGGAAGGAAAUUUGUUGAUUGAAGAAGAAAAGUACGCCUGGUUGAAGGAUCUGGGACUCAAAGCUGAAAAUGAUGGUGUUUAUAAUGGUUCUUGGGGCGCAAGAGGAGAGGUACAUCAAAUUAAUACGGGGAUGCAAUAUUUGUGUCACACAACGAUUGCUGAUUCGUGUUAUUUUUCUUCACUUGUAGACUGUAACGUCUGUGUGUCCUUCUAAUGGACGACCGAUUGCAAGAGUUCGUCAAGUAAGUUUUGUUUUCCGUUGUAAAUCGUGUACAAUUUCUUUUAAGGUCAGCUGAACAGGUUGUGUGAGCUUAUGUACUAAAACUCAUUUGCACGUGGCAUUUAUGACGUUUAUGGCAUGAUCAGUGUAUGAUCACCGAUCUAACUCGGGUAGAAUCACGUAGGUCAUAAGACUCAUCAGUUUUCCCCUCAAAAAAAAGCAAACCAGCAAAUAAAGGAACCGUGUUAAACUCGAUCUUUUUGCGAUCAAUUAAAGUCGGUAUCAUUUUUCUCGUAAAUAACAGCAGUUCAAUGAAAGAAAAAAAGAAGACAAAAAUAUAUGUGCUCUGAGUGAAUAUAGGACUGGGUUCCAAUGAUCAAAAUUGGUUGGGCUUGGUGAACCCCAGCACAGUAAGAAACAUAGGGUUUACUCUGAUCAAAUAACAGCAGUGCAAUGAAAGAAAAAAAAGAGGACAAAAAUAUAGAUUGGAGGGCUGUAACUAUAUCAUUCUUCUCCUAAAUGAUUGUAUUUUUUAGGGUUCAUUAGAAGAUUACAAUGAUUCGGUGAAGCUCGCUAAGGAUGCCUGGAAGUCAUGGGCCAUGGUAUUAUUUAAGUAACUUUUUUUUUUAGGUUUAUUACUUUUGAAUUUUAUUGUAAAUGUUAUUUGUCUCAAUGGAUGUAACAGGAGUGAUAAUUAAUUAAGAUUAAUAUGCUCUGAGUGAAUAAGGGACUGGGUUCUAACGAUGAAAAUUGGUUAGGCUUGACUGCUUGGAAAAGUUAACCCCAGCACAUUAAGAAAAAUCUAACCUAAUGAUUUACUCUGAUCCUGGAAUUUGUGCCCUAACCCUUUAACUCCCAAGAUCUAAUCCUAAAUUCCCUCCUCGAGCUGCUACACAUUUCCUUGUAAAUUGGUUAUGAGAAUUUGGUGUUAGAUCAAAGUACAACUUCAACCUGAUAAGUUUGAGUAUUAUCAUUACCAGUUUUCUGGAUAAUGUGUGGAAAUUACAGGAAGAAAUUACACGUUAAUCACCUCUGGGAGUUAAAGGUUAACCCUUUAAAUCCCAGAUCAAAUUUGUCUUUCUCCUUACUGUCAACCAUACAGUUCUUACAGUGUUAGUUCAGAGAAUUUAGUAUUGGAUCAACUAAUUAUCCCCAAAUUAAUAUUUUUCUUCAUUCUCAUCACUUAUCUGGCUGAUGUUGUAUUGUUACUGUAAGGAGAAAUUCUGUCUUGAUCACUUAUGGGAGUUAAAGGUUAAAGGAGAAAAACAAAAGUGCAGGCAUUCUAAAAACCUUGGUCAAAAAAGAUAGCUUGGAGUGGUAAGAGGACUGGGAUGGAUUGAACACCUGUACUGACAGCGAUAGUUUGAAGAACUGUAAGCAGCAUCAUCUAGUAAAACUUUGUCUUCUUUUGCUUGUUGGAAAUGUAGUUUUUAAAAUGGAUCAAAUUUUAAGGUAAUUUCCUUAAAUAUAAUUUUAGGUUGUGUAUUGUGCAACUUAAAAUAGACUGAAAUUGUUAUGAUAGUUAUGAAUAUGAUAUUCGAUAAUGGACAUAAUGAAUGUUUUAUCAUGACUGGUUGAAAUAGACACCUGCUCCAAAACGGGGAGAAAUUGUUCGUCAGAUUGGCCAGGCACUGAGAGGUAACUUGGAAAACCUUGGAAAACUGGUGAGUUAAAUGAGGUAACAGGGGUGUUUUCCUCUCAUGGAGAUUGAUUUCAGUUGUAAGGUGUUAACUCUUAUUUAAUCCUAUAAGGUGUGGCAAAGAAAAAAUUAUCAGUGUAUGCCAGGGCGUGAAAUUGCGCCUAAUACAGGCGCCAAUGCAACUAAAUUUUUCACUUUGGCGACCAAAUCCUGAAAGUUAGUCGUCAAAUUGGCGACUAGAACGUUUCAUCAUAACCUUACCAAGAGAUAUAGUGAAUUAAAAAAAUUUGCAAAGAUAAAUCCGCGGCAAACUUCCUCAUUAAGUUUGUUUCCAAAACGUAGCACAUGCAUCUCGAUCGAUAACCAGACGCCAUCUUGGAUUUAGAUGAGCCUGAACCUUGUAUAUCAUCCAUCCUAGUGUCCACUUUGUAGCACGUUAAAGAUCUUUUCCCAAAUUUAAUUUGGGAGGGUCUAUCUAGAACGCUGACAGCGUAAAGAAAGAUUUUGUUUGUCUUUGAAAAUGGCAGCCAACUUUUUUUGAAUUGACUACCACUUUGAAGAAUUUAGGAGCCAAGUGGCUAUCAGAAAAAAAAAAAGUUAAUUUCACGCCCUGUAUGCAUGUGUCAGACCCAGUAAAAGGUCCUGCUUUGGCUUACUGAGGUGUGUUCUCUAGAAAUUAAAUUUAUUCUCACAGUACCUCUCUGUGGUAGCAUGAAUGACUGCAAUGGCACACCUGUUUAAAAAACCUGACAAACUUCUUUGGGCUAUCAUGAUGUAGCUUGCCAAGUGUGAUUUUGGCAAGCAAGUUCUCAGUAAUUUCUGGUUGAAAAUUAUAGCUGCAUUUCUUGAUUUUUACCGCAGUGGUAAUGUUGGAGAUUGAACAAAAUUUUUACCAAGGGAGCGAUUGACGGUCAAAAUAAAGGAGAGGAGAGGGAUGGGGGCAAUAGAAACCAUAGAGCAACAAUCGACAAAGAGAAAUGAAUAUGUUCUUAAUAAUGUAAUGCUAUUGGAAAUCCCUCUUUGGAGAUCUUAAUGCAAAAGUGCAUGAAUUAUCUUUUACUUUUUUUUUUGAAAAAAAACUCAUUGUAAAACUUAUUUAGAUAGCAGCAUCAUAGAUUGACUGUGUUAAGUUUAAAACUGUGCUGAUAGUUUCUGGUAGUUUAAAACAAAAUUGUGUUUUAUACAAACCAAUACUGUUAUGAAUUCAUAUCUCAGGUUGCUCUUGAAGUUGGCAAGAUUAAACCAGAAGGUAUUGGUGAGGUUCAGGAGUAUGUUGACAUCUGUGAUUAUGCUGUUGGUCUCUCAAGGAUGAUUGAUGGAAAAGUUCUUCCCUCGGAACGUAAGAUUUGUCAUUCACUAACUUCACAGUGAUGCAGUUCAAUCUUAAUUUGUAUAGCUAUGGAUAGCUUUUGAGAGAAGGUAGACCAGUUGGUCUUUUUAAAAAGCACAGCAAAACAGUUGAAGUCAGGUUAAUUUAGAACAAGUCCUGUGUUCUAACACUGCAGCUGUUUAUGACUACUGGUAGAUUGCUUCAUGAUUGCUUUGUAGCUUGCGUAUUAUCUCUUCAUUAUCACUUUAAGUUAAUUUGAUUUCCUGCAUUGUAUUGUAUCAGGUCCUGGUCACACACUUCUUGAGCAGUGGAAUCCAGUUGGCUUGGUAGGAAUCAUUACAGCAUUUAAUUUUCCUGUGGCUGUUUUUGGCUGGAACAGCAGUAUCAGUAUGGUGUGUGGAAAUGUCAAUCUUUGGUAGGGAUCUCAAGAAAUAUAAUUCUGUUUUAGCCUUUUUUUUUUCAUUUAUUUAGAAAUUCUUCUGUUUUAAAGGAAUAUCAUGUACUAAAUGUGUGAUAUUAAUUGAGUGUUUUUUAAAAUUGUUCCCAAUUAUUGUUUUGUACUACAGGAAGGGUGCCCCAUCAACUCCCCUGACAAGUGUUGCUGUUACAAAGUAAGUGAGUUUUAAGCAAAUGGCUCUUAAAAAUGAGUCUUAAAAAAUAAACAAUCUUUCUGUAGGAGUCUUAAAGUCAUCCUUAGUUUGUUCCUGGACUGUCUUUUGUUUUCAAGGUCUCAGGAUGUCGUAGGCUUACAGUGAGGAUAGAGUUCUGACAAUUGCGUGAAGCCUCUCAUCAAAAAAUUAAAACCCCUUAAUUUUCUUGCCACCCACAUUAAAUCACAAAUAUUUCAGUUAUAGAACAUUAUAAAUAAUAAUUGAACAAUAUGUUCAAGGAAAGUAAGAGUUUUAAAAUAAUUUUAAGUGGAAGUUUUCUGAAGAAAUUGUUGUGUUAAGGACUGUCUGUUUUUGCUCAGGAUUGUCAGUGAGGUGUUGGCUCAGAACUCAGUUCCUGGAGCUGUUUGCUCCCUUGUCUGUGGUGGAGCAGACAUUGGGUAAGAAAUAGUGAAUGUUCUCAUAUUUUUCUCCUUCAUUUGUUGUUGGAAUGUCUACUGAAAGGAAUUCAGAAUGCAGUUCUGUCAUUGAAAAAAAAAAAUUUCUUUCAUUUCAGGCAAGCUAUGGCUGAGGAUGAGAGGGUAGACUUGGUAUCUUUUACAGGAAGUACACAGGUAAAAUUUAUCUGCUGUGUCCCUAAUUAUUUCAUGUCUGUUAUUAGAGACAGGUGAUGUUAGUAGCAUACUAGAAAACAAAAUGGUCAAAGCUACAAACUAUUCAUUCAUCUUUUACUUGAUAUUUAUGACUUAAGUGUUUUUUUUCAUGUGCUGAACCAACACAGUCUGUUGAAGUUUGAUAAAUCUGCACACUAGACAUUCUUCACAACACUAUUUAGGUGAAAGAAACUUCAAAUUUAGGUGUGACACAAACUUUGUUUUUCCAAGGUUGGGCAGAAAGUUGGCACAACAGUGCAAAACAGAUUUGGUAAGUUUUACAUGUGGGCGUCAUUGUUUGUAUCACUCACCUUGAAGGUAGAUAGGGCAGCAAUAUUGAAUAAGACAAAAUAAUCUUGCUGAUAAUUUUAUUUAUUUCCGGGGGCUUAUUUUUGAGGAUACAUUGUGCACAAUUUGUACCACAUAAUUGCAAAAUAACAUUUUUAAUUAUCUUCGUUUAAUGACAUUGCAUUUUAAUUAUUUGUUUAUCAGGGAGAAAAAUUUUGGAACUUGGGGGAAACAAUGCCAUCAUUGGUAAGUUUAUAGUUAGGGGUUUGCUGACAUGGAAAGAUCUUUUUGUCAGAAAUAAUACCAAGAAUUUUUGUUUUUCUCAACAUUUAUUUGAUUUGGAUUAUUGCUUGGCAGACUCUUUUUUUUGUUCCUUUUUUUUAAUUGAAAAGGGAUCAUCUUUUGAAAAACUUAGGUUAAUAACUAUUGUUAUAUACCAAAAUUUUCACUCAACAAAUUGAGCACUGUGAUUGGUUGAUUCUUGGUCCUGUGCCUCUGAUCAAAUGUAAAUGUAUCCAUACCGGGAUACAAUUGCACAGUUGUUGCCUGCACGCUAAAUACAACAGCACAUGAUUGCCAUAUAGUUGUUUAAAGGAAAGUCUAAAUAUAUAACAAAGCUCUCAGGAAACUAGUUAAUUUUGUUUUCCCUCAAGUCCUGAUGUUUCCCUCGACUUUGUCUCGUAAAACAUCAGGACUCUCAGGAAAACAAAACUGUUUCUCUUGGGACAAUACAUUAAGUGUAUGUUACUUGUUGAGUUAGAAACAAAAAAAAAUAUAUUUUUAGGAUAAUCAAGAAUCAAGAGUACUCAUACUCUGUUUGUUUGCUUUUGAAUGCCUAGUUUUGUCUUUUCUUCAAGUGAUGGAUGAUGCAGAUUUAAACCUUGCCAUUCCAUCAGUUUUGUUUGCAUCAGUUGGCACUGCUGGCCAGAGAUGUACCACAACAAGAAGACUGGUUUGUGACAAUGAUUUACAAUCAUAUCUUUUCACUGAGGUAGAUAAUGUUAGUAACUAUUUCUCGGACAGGUGUGCCAGAGGAGGCCUGAAUUAAAAAUUCAGGGUUUGUUGAGUCACAAAUUGCCAUCAAGGCAUGGAAGCUGUGCAGAUGCAAGUUUUCAUGAUAAAGGUUUCAAGAACAUGUGAAAUUCGUUAAAAAAGUGAAACAAUUGUAUGAAGACUGCCCCUGAAUGCCUGAGUACAUGGAGAUAUCAUAUCUCCUUCUUGAAUCCUUUGUUGGGCUUCCAGUGAGGCAGUUCAUAAAAAUGAUUAGUUUAGAGUGGCUGUUUCUAGACAGAGAAUGCAAGAUGCUGUUUUGUUAAUUACUAUGAUGAAAAUAAUUAUAUUAAGUUUAUUGUUUGCAGACAGUUCAUGAAGAUAUUCAUGAUGAUGUUGUAGAACGUUUAAAGAAGGCCUAUGCUCAGGUCAGAAUUGGUGAUCCUUUAGAAGGUAAGUGAUUUGAUAAAAAAAAAAAUAUAUAUAUAUAUAUAAAGCACCCCUUUUUUUGCACUGUAGUGAGUCUGAGGAGGACCUUUAUAUAAACAGCAAAGAGCAAGAGUAGAGGAACUCUGAUUUUGCUUCCCUUGAGUAUCAUUCCUAAGUUCUACUAUCAUAAUGGAAAAAAGUAAAACAUCUCUUGUUGGUAGUGGUUGCAGAUACUUGAGGGUAACUAAUGGCUGAAAGGAGAUGGCAAAUUUUCUGAAAAUGUCAUGUUGACUGGUAAUCACUCUUAAUGUUAUGAUCGGAGCGGCAUGUUGUCAAAGAAAGUGGUUCAGAUAGUGACCAACAUUUAAAAAUAAACCCUUACAGCUGCAACUUCACAAUUUUAGGUUGCAGUUUAAUAAUUAUACAAUCUUAGUCCUCUCAAGGCCAGUCCAAGGCUGAUUUCCUUGCGGUGGUUAUAUUUGAGAUGAAGAGUGAGACUGAAUGCUUUGUGAAUGGUUAUUAGACUUAGUACUAAUCUCUAGUAUGCAGUUAGAUUUCCAGUAUUAUCCACUCAGUUCACCAACCAGUUAUUAAUAAAUGGCAAUCUUUUAAUUUCUUCUUAAAACAGCGGACACUCUGUAUGGCCCAGUUCACUCUGAAAUGGCAGUGGAUAUUUACAAGAGGGCUGUGGAUGAUGCUCAGAAGCAGGUCUGUUGAUAUUUGCUGAGUAGCCUAGAUAUAUAUCUUAGAUGUUUUGGUGUGCAGUAUCAUAGAGUAUUUUUAUGAGUUGUGCAGUAUUUUUAUGAGCCUGUAGCUAUAGGGCAAGUCAAAAUACAAACAGAGUUAAUAAUUUUGUUUUUUCUAAGAGCUUAACUCUCUUUAGGAAUCUAACUUCAGAUGUGUGGAUUACUGCUGCAAUUUUAUACCGCUGUGCUUCAAAUAACUUGCUGGUUCAUAUUACACCACAAGCAAGUAUCAGCAAUGUUGUGGGUCAUACAUGUGGGUGUUAUGUGGACGUCUAGAAUGGGAAGGAUUGUUUAUUUUUAACUAAUUAAUAAAAACAGUUUUGGAAAAUGGGAUAUAAAAAGUAGAGUCAUUUUUCUAUUUUUCUAUUUUGUGCAGGGAGGAAAUAUUGUGUAUGGUGGAAAGGUAGGAAUGGUUACUUCUGGCAUAAUGUUAAUGAGCUUACAUGUUAGCCAAUAGAGGCUGUCUGAGAAACUGGAGAACCAUUGCCAAUAUUAGCCAGAAUGAUAUCAUCUAAUCAAAACAAUAUCAGCUGCUUAAGUUGCUUGAAAAUCUUGGGUUCAUCAUACCAAUUAAUUUUUUAGUAGGGUUUUGUAUUUUAUAAGUACUAGCAGUAAGUAAUUUUUAUUAGCCAUAAAAGUGAAUGAAGAUUUUAGAUAUAUGAAAAUUCACAUAUUUGCACUGCGGUGGAAAGAUGAAAUUAGGAAAUCAGAAAUUUAUUUGGACCCAAUUCAUUGACCAGCUCCCAGUUGGCUUGUUAGCUCAAUUGGUAGAGCGCUGCACCGGUAUCGCAGAGGUCAUGGGUUCAAAUCCCGUACAGGCCUGAAAUUUUUUUCAGGUCCUAUUUACAACUACUCGUUUCAGUAGUGUUCUUAGCUGCGAGGAUCUCCUAGUUUCAGCCAUAAAAGUGUUGGUAAAUUCAGUUAAAAACUAUUUUGUAUUUCUUUUUUGCUUAUGUUUCUCUCACACAGGUGUUAGAAAAGCCCGGUUUCUAUGUGGAACCCACAAUUGUGACUGGUUUGGCCCAUGAUGCAGAGAUUGUGCAAAGGGAAUCCUUUGUUCCAGUUCUGUAUGUUGUCAAGUGCAAGGUAGAGGAUUACUUGAGCAGACGAAACUGUAACUACACAUUCAUCCGUGGAUUUGCAAUUUAGUAAUUGCAAUUUCUCCUCAGUCAUAAUACUGAUGAGUGUCUUUGGAAUGGUAAUAUAUGUUUAAUUUCAAUUUUCAGAGCUUUGAGGAGGCUGUUGGCUAUAACAAUGAAGUCAAGCAGGGCCUGUCUAGUAGUAUUUUCACAAAAGACAUUGGAAAGGUGUUCAACUGGAUGGGGUAAUUAUUAACUGAAAUUCAGUCAUAAUUACCAUUCUUAAAGUCAGGGUAUCUAAGUAUCUAGUGCAUUUCCAAGAAUGCUCAUGCAGAAAGAAUUUUCUUGGAUUACAGACUGAUUUACUAAAAAAUUUGGACUUAAAAGUUCCUGUCAAUUUUUGCAAACUAGUCAUUCCGUUCACUCAGCAAUUUUUUUUACAAUAAAAAAAUAAACAAUCUAGCAUUCAUUUAAAGGAAUUGUGGAGUCCUCAAGUUCACUUUGGAAUUCCUUAGCACAGUUAAGUUUGGUUAAGCUGGUGAUUAUAAAUAGGUACAGUUUGUUCCUGACUACUGUUAUCUGCCCAAACCAAACCUUAUUUUGCUUCUAAAAUCACCAGGCCCCUAGGAUCUGACUGUGGUAUUGUCAAUGUCAAUAUUCCUACAAGUGGUGCAGAGAUUGGAGGUGCAUUUGGUAAGUACAAUGGGUGUGGUUGACAGAAAAUCAGGUUUUGCUAGAAAGUUGUUGAUUAGAAAUGUGCUCAGUUGAAUUUGGGGUAGACGUAACUUUUCAAAUCAUUUGGGUUUCAUUCAUUUAUCUUGUAUAUUGAUUGACAGGUGGUGAGAAACACACUGGAGGAGGUCGUGAGUCUGGAAGUGAUGCUUGGAAAGCCUACAUGAGGAGGUCAACAUGGUAAAUAAGUUAUUUGUCAUUUACAAAAUUUCCAAUCAAGUAUAAUGAUAUAAAGAGAGAGGGUUCAAUUCACCUUGUCAUAAGUGUCAAACAUUGAAAAAAUUUGAACCCCACAUGAAGAACCGAACCCCAGAUUUAGAACUUUGUAUUCAUGACUUGAUGCUCUACAACUGAGCUACAGUACACUUGAUGGUAUUAGCUAGGCCAUGUACUAUGUUAAGUUGUGACAAGUGUCCUUCAUACUGCUGGGAUUAGCAAUAUCCAAAGCCUUCUGUGUCUAGAAUACGAUAAAUUUUGAGCGUGGUCAUUGAGAAACAAAAUAUCUCAGGCCAUUACAAGUGUGUGAUUGACCACUGAUGAAAAAAAUUGUUUCUCUCUUUUUCAGUACAAUAAACUUCAGCAAAGAGCUUCCCCUUGCACAAGGUAUCAAGUUUGGUUAAAGACAACAGCAGUAGCUCCUAAUGACAUUUCCAAGAAAAAGAAGAAGAAAGGAUCACCAAAAAAGACCAAAGCAGGUUUACACAGUUGGCCAUGAGCAAGGAAAAAGAACUUGUUUUGGUGACUUAAGUGUGCUUAACUCAGUUAUGAAGUACUGAAAGUGUAGGUUUAAAAAAGCGCUGGCCCCAGUUGUUGGAGAAGUGUCAGGUGAUACUUGCCACAUUAUAGUAUCAUCUGAAACAACUGGGAUUUCAUAAAAAAAACUUGAAAAAGCUUAUUGUACUGACAGUAGGUGCCAUUUGUUGUAAUGCAUGAUGUAAGUAGAAUUGCAGGGCACAUAAAUAAUAUGCACUUGUUCAAAUAAUCUCCUUAAACAUAAUGUUGAACUGUAAGUUUGUACUAUUGUGGACCUGUCUAAAGAUAGUUAGAGGGGUUUUAAUAAAAUCUGAGGUUUCAUUGAGUUAAAGAGUACCCAGUAAAUGUAACUUGUCAAGUUGUUGAUGACAAUACAAUUCAACACACUUGAAC